AUGAAUAUUAUUGAAGAAUAUUUUUGGAACGCUGAUAUGGCGUUGCAAAUGAAUCGUUUGGAUGAAUCAUGCCAAUUUAUUUGCCAAGCUAUCGAACAACUUGAUCAAUCGCAUUUAACGUUAGAACAAUUGGAAUUGGUUUGGUCAGUUAUUCCAAAAAUAAUUAUGAACCAUAGAAAAUGUCUGGAGUCUCUUGUUUACUAUCAUCGAAGUAUGCCGAUGGAAACCGAUGAAAUAUUUGAUCGUUUAACUCAAUCUUAUGUAAAUAAAUUAGAACAAGAUCAAGCUAAAACUUAUAUGAAACUUAUCGAUUAUUUUGAUCGAUAUCUUAUUAAAGAAAAAAAUGAUAUUGACCAUGUACAUCUUAAACGUCUUCAAUCUGAUUUAUAUCUUCAAUUAUCAUUUAUUUCACGUCCAUAUCAAUCGAAAUUUUUUUAUAACAAACAUAGAAAAUUAUUAAACGAUAUUGAAUUAAUCAUAAACAUGUACAAAAAUCAUUUGAGAGAAAAUUAA